UUUUUUAAACCAUUGAUAUCAACUGUUUACUAAAAAUCAUAUAAACAAGUAUCAUUACACGACUAAUUCUCAUAAUCACUUCAUUCUCUAGACUUGUUUAUUUUAGUCUGUCUCACCACGUGCAACAUAAAUAACCACAUGUGAUACGUAUUACCCUUUGCGGAUUGCCGCAUCAAGUGUGUAGGCGUAUAUACGUACACGUAUGAUCAGUGCAGUUAAUCAUUCGCGACGACGUCCCCAAGAAUCUUAAUAUCUAGACAACGUUACAGUCGAGCCUGUAAGUGUCAAUUAGCAUAGCGCAAUGGCACUGAAACACUAAAACGUAAGAUAUGCUGUAAAAGAACACGCAGCAUGUGUAUACAUACAGCGUGCCAUAUAUACAAAAGUGCGAAUGCACUUUGGAGCCUUGAAACUGUACGUCCAACCACGACUACGGUUACCAUAGCCUAUGAAAGGUGAACCUUGGUCUUGUUCAUAAUACCAAUCCGGCUGCAGCAACGAUGCGCUUUUACCGUAUCUCUAAGUGUUAUACGUCGGUUCAGCGUACAUUGUUGACACCCUAUAUUAGCGUGAUCCUUACUGAACCCCACUCUUUAAACCCACUAGACUGACUGAAGUUUUACUUUCGUUCGAGGAUUGGUCUCAGUUCAGGUUUGCCGCUUCGUGUUCUUGCGCAUACCCGGUGCAGUUAUUGUGGAAUUUUACAAGGCAAAUGAAUUCUAUCGUGCAUUAAUGUAGGAUCAGUUGCUGUUUUACUGGAACGAUAAUUUUGGAAAAAUGUCCGUGUGUGUGAAACGAAGGCCGGUCAACGGUAUAUUUACCUUCCUGUCGCGAUUCCUUGCCAUAUUCGUACUCGUCGGUAGUACGACCUUACCGUCAAACAUGUUACUGGAUCUGGGUAGGCGUACAAACAUUUCGAUGGAGAAAUAUGAUCAGGCAGAACAGGCGAUCCUGAACUCGCGCACACACUUGAACCAUGGUUCCCCUUCGUGGUUCCUCGGCGCAUCUCACGAAAUGACAGAGCACGCACAGAAUCUCUCGCGGAAAGCGCUACGAAUCGAAACAAUGGCCGUGAUGUUAGUGGAAGCUUUGAAUAUGUCAUCGAAGGAAGCGUCUUCCGUGUUACCGUCAGUAGCCGCUAUCAAUUGUCCUGGUUCACCCACAUUUUUGCAAGUGAUGGAUAGCUGCAAGAGGAUAGAUCCACGCUAUAGGACACACAGUGGAAAGUGUAACAAUGGUUUACAUCCGACUUGGGGCGCUGCUCUGGAAGCUUACGUGCGAUUUCUACCACCUGAAUAUGCCGACGGUGUGUCUUUGCCACGCACGGAUUUGCCUAGCGCCAGGGACGUCUCCUUGAAGGUGCAUUCCGGGGGGUCGGACCUUAAGCAUCCGUAUCUAAUGGCGCUUACCGCGCUAUUCGGCCAAUUCCUCGUGCACGACCUUGCACAUACACCAAAGAUGGAACUACCUGAUGGGGCGAAAUUAAAAUGUUGCGACGUAGAAUAUGAACACUUCCAUCCGGAAUGCUUUCCGAUUCGAGCCGAGAAUGCUGUCGGUUGUAUGGAAUAUUCCAGAUCGGCGCCGCACCCAGGAAAUUCGCUGCAGGGUUGCAAAUUGGGUCCCAGGCAGCAAAUCAACCAAGCGUCGUCUUACUUAGAUCUUUCGCCUCUUUAUGGGAGUUCCGAAAAUGUAGCAAAAGCUCUACGAUCCGGCAAGGGCGGUUUACUUAAUACGCAAAGGAAGAACUUGCCUAUGCCAUCACCGAAGUACGAAAGUUGUAGAAGCGCGAACAAAGCUUUCCCAUGUUUUCUUAGCGGGGAUUCACGGGUAAACGAGAACCCUGGUCUCACUCUAAUGCAUGUACUUUUUCUACGAGAACAUAACCGAGUCGCUACGGAGCUGGGACAACUGAAUCCUCAGUGGGACGACGAGAGACUCUACCAGGAAGCAAGAAGGAUCGUUAUCGCGGAAAUGGAGCAUAUAACUUAUAACGAGUUUCUACCGGUUGUUCUCGGUGAAACAACACUCGACAAAUUCCAGUUACGUUUAACGCAUCGAGGCUAUUUUCGAGGCUACGAUAUUCGAACAGAUGCGACACUUUCAAAUGCUGCUGCAUCUGCUGGGCUCUUCUUCAUUGCCACGCUGACCCCAAAAACCCUCGACCUAGUUGACUCGCGAUCGGCGUUAAAGUCUGGAGAAAGGUCCUUACUAUCGGCCUUCUACGCUCCGCAAGAGUUCUAUGAAGCUGGUGCUAUUGAUCGCUUGAUUGCUGGUGCUACAGCGGGACAUUCUAGGAAGCCAUUGCCGCCGGGACUGAAUGAAAUCCUUUUGGAACGAUAUUUCCAUGAUGGAAAAAGCAAUGAUAUUGCCGUGGAUUAUGCUGCACAACUUAUACAACAAGGAAGAGAUCACGGUUUAUCACCUUAUGUCAAAUGGCGAUCGUUUUGCAAUUUACCACACAUCGUCCAUUUUGAAGACCUUAGGGGAACAAUGACCAAAGAUACUAUAGAAAGACUUCGAAAAGUUUAUAAAAACAUAGAGGAUAUAGAUUUAGUAACAGGAUUACUCUCAGAAGCACCUUUACCUGAUUCUGUCUUAGGACCAACAUUCCUUUGUUUACUAGGACGUACCUUCCGGAAUAUUCGUUUUGGUGAUCGAUAUUGGUAUGAAAAUGCAAACAGUCCAGGAUCAUUUACCUUAAAUCAAUUAGAAGAAAUUCGAAAAAUAACAAUGACACAAAUCUUAUGCUACAAUGGUGAAAGACUAAAUUGGAUGCAACCUAAAGCAUUUCUUUUAAGAGAUCGUUUCUUAAAUGAAGUGAUAAAUUGUACAAUACACAUGAAUGGAUCGCCAAAUCUUUUAUUUUGGAAAGAAAAAAGUAAUUCAUAA